AUGGAGAGUCUGAGUGAACUGCAGAACCCUCUGCUGCCUCGGAGCCCCGCCCCGCUGCACGGCCGCUACCCCUACCCCGAGGCUUCGCCCAGCUGGUCAUGCCAGGAGAAGCUCUACUCCUACCUCCUGGGUGGGCCUGGCCCUGCUCGCACCCACCAGCUCCUGGACCCGGGUUCCCUGCAGCUGGCCGUGGAGGCCUGGUACAGGCCCAGCUGCCUCCUGGGGAGGGACAAGAUCAAGGAGCCCAGGGCAAGCACCUGUGAGACCAGCUUCACAGAGAACAGGGAGCUCCAGGCUGGGCCCACGGAGCGGUCCACAGAACCUGGCCAAGUAGAAGAGGAUAUCACCAUCCAGACCGUGUCCUACGGGGUUCAAGAGGAGCUGCAGGGCCGGGAGAAUGACCAGGAGGAGGAGGAGAGUGAUAUGACCUCCACAGACAGUGAAAGUGAAGACAACUUCGUGGCACUGCCCCCCAGGGACCACCUGGGUCUUACUAUCUUCUCCAUGCUUUGCUGCUUCUGGCCUCUGGGCAUCGCUGCCUUCUACUUCUCCCAGGGGACCAGCAAGGCCAUCUCCAAGGGAGACUUCCGCCUGGCCAGCACCACCUCCCGCAGGGCCCUCUUCCUGGCCACCCUCUCCAUCGCCGUGGGCGCCGGUCUCUAUGUGGCCGUGGUGGUGGCUCUGGCAGCUUACAUGUCCCAGAAUGGUCAUGGCUAG